ACAUUCUAAAAACGCUUAAAAGCACAAAGCAAGCUCUGAAGCAAACGAGCCUCUGAAACAAAGCAGCAAAGGUCAGAGCAAGGACAAAACAAAAUGACACCCAAACCAGAGGAAAGCAUCCCCGUCGUGCACGUGUGUGACGAGCGGGAACUCGGUGAACCAGGACUAAACAACAGCGCGAGCCUCAGCAAUCUCAGCGCCAACCUGAAGCUGAACGCGUUCAUCAACAAUGGCUUCGUGACGGACGCCACCCAGGCCGAGAAGCUGGCCGCCAAGGACGAAACAAAGACGGACCCGCGCAAAGAGACAAAGAACAGCAACCAGCAUGGCAGCCUGGCAGUCGCCGAGAAGCCGGUCGUUGACUUUGACGAUCUGCUGCCACACGUGGGCGAGUUCGGGCGCUACCAGAAGAUCCUGUUCCUGCUGAUGAUCCCGUUCGCGUUCUUCGUCGCGUUCGUGUACUUUUCGCAAAUUUUCAUCACCCUCGUACCGGAGGAGCACUGGUGUUACGUGCCGGAGCUGCAGCACCUGUCCGUGGAAGAAAGACGAGCGUUGGCCAUUCCGGUCGAGGAACCCGCCGGUUUUGCCACCGGAGUUGACGAUGGUACCGCCGAGACCAGCUACAGCAAGUGCACGAUGUAUGCCGUUAACUUCACGGAGGUACUAGCCAACAACAUUCGCAAAGCAGACCCGUCCUGGCCGACGCAAGCCUGCCAGCAUGGUUGGGAGUACAACUACACGGACGUACCGUACCAAACGGCGGCCACCGAUUUCGAAUGGGUCUGUGACCACGCGUAUCUCCCGACGCUAGCUCAAUCCAUUUUCUUUCUGGGUGCGAUCGUCGGCGGUUUGCUGUUUGGCUGGAUUGCGGAUCGAUACGGGCGCAUUCCGGCGCUGGCCGGUUGCAAUCUCGUCGGUUUUGCGGCCGGCGUCGCGACGGCGUUCGUUGGCAACUUCUGGCAGUUUAGCUUGUGCCGGUUUCUGGUCGGAUUUGCUUUCGACAACUGCUUCACCAUGAUGUACAUUUUAGUUUUGGAAUACGUUGGCCCGAAAUGGCGCACGUUUGUCGCCAACAUGUCGAUCGCCCUAUUUUUCACCACCGCUUCUUGUGCCCUACCGUGGAUUGCAUACUAUCUGGCGGAUUGGAAAAUGUUCGCCAUCGUCACUUCGGCUCCGUUAGCUUUGGCUAUCUUCACCCCGCUUUUGGUACCGGAAUCAGCAAGAUGGCUCGUUUCGCAGGGUAAGAUUGACAAAGCCAUUGGAAUCCUUAAGAAGUUCGAAACGAUCAACAAGAAGACGAUCGAUGCCAAGGUGUAUCAGGAGUUCAGUGACAGCUGCGUGCGACUUCAGGAGGAGGAGGCCGCUAAUAGCAACUACUCGGUACUGGAUCUGUUCAAGACGCCACGCCUGCGCAACAUCACCAUCCUGCUGAUCGCCAUCUGGAUGGCCAUCUCGCUGGUGUUCGAUGGCCACGUGCGAAACGUGGGCUCGCUGGGACUCGAUCUGUUCUUCACGUUCACGGUUGCGGCCGCCACCGAGCUGCCGGCCGAUACCUUCCUCACUCUGACGCUGGACCGUUGGGGACGGCGAUGGUUGGCCUGCGGCACGAUGGUUGCCAGCGGCCUGUUCAGCCUGUUUGCCACGAUGGUACCGAUGGGUGCCUACUCGGCGACAUUGGCAAUUCUGGGACGUUUCAGCGUGAACAUUUCGUACAACAUUGGCCUCCAGUAUGCGGCCGAACUGCUGCCCACGGUUGUCCGGGCACAGGGUGUCGCCUUCAUCCACAUCAUGGGGUACGUGGCCAGCAUUGUGGCACCGUUUGUCGUCUACCUGGCCAACAUCUCACCCUCCCUGCCGCUGAUCGUGCUCGGCAUUUUGGGCAUCAUUGGAGGACUGCUUUCCCUGCUGCUGCCCGAAACCCUCGGACACGACCUGCCGCAAACGCUUGCCGAUGGUGAAGAUUUCGGACGUGGGCAGAAGAUCUGGGACUUCCCCUGUCUCACGAAGAAAGUGGACGAUGUCGACACCUGUGAUGAUCUGCCCGUGGAGCGGUUUACGCGUGCCACGUCCAAAACCUCGAUCGGUGCUUCCCUACGAGCUUCGACCCGGGGCGAGCUGCGUUCCAGCAUGCUCAAUCGGUCGAUUCGAUCGCGGGUGUCCGUCCGUUCGCUGGCCCAGUGCAAGGAGGAACAGAUGUCGGCCGGAGUGUAGUGGCCAGGAGGUCUCCUGGAACCGCAAUCGAUGCGCUCACCGGCAGCGUAGUCCACGAGGACUAUGUACCCGAAAGCGUGUGGGAUUUGCCAGGCU